CUGAAAAAAACGCCAGUCUCUCUCUUCCCCCUCUAUCCGACAGCGAAAUCGAACUGCUCCGAAAACAAAAGCUCGGGGGAAAUAAACAACCCACCCAACUACGGAUUCCCUGCUCGCCGGGCAAUCAAAGCUCAUAACGCCAUAUCCUCCCCGCUCCCUUUCUUAUCCAAUCUUCUGGUGCAAACUGAAGCUCCACUGCAGUGGUCGAUCUAGGGUUACUAUAUUAGGCGGAGAUUGUAAAAUUAGGGUUUCACAAACAUCUUUGUUUCUUUCUUUCUUUUUUGCCACGAGGAAUUAGUUCAGUUAGGUCUUGGCUUAUCGAAUUUACGGAGGGUUUUUUUUAGCGGUCGUUGAUGGUGGUCACUACUGCAAGCCAAAUGCCUCUGGCGGAAUAAGAUGAUGGGUAGGGGUCGCGAUGGAGGUUGCGGCUCUGGCGAGAGGCAUUGCCGACCUAAUUGUAGAGUUACUGCUACCAACUCUGUGGCCGCUGCUGCUGAGCCUGAGGUUCCCGCCACAAUGGAGAAGAAGGCAGUUCAGUCGCUGGACGUCGAUUUCUUCUCCCAGGCAAGUAAAGCGUUGUGCGAGAGGUCGCCGUUUGAUGUUCCCGAAGAGGUCCCUGGUUCAGUUAGCUCGACUUCGACUACUUUGCCUAGCGGAUUGGCCAGCUUGCUGAGGCAUUCCGAGAGCAGAAAGAGAAACAAGAAGUCGCAUCAUGGUGGUGGUAAGAAGUCGUCCCGGGCAGGUGAGCGUUCCAAAGGAGGGAACAUUUGGGUUGAGUCUGAGGAUUACUUUAGGGAUUUGGUAUUGGCAGAUGUUGAAGCUUUGGUUGAGCUAUGUUCUCCUCUUAGGUCCUUAGCUGCUAGAAGUUGUUUUUCACUUCCAAACAUUGGAAACGGGGAAAAGGAGAGAAGUGAGUCCCAGUUUAAUCAGGACAAUCCUGAUAAUGACAUGAAUGCAUGUGUGGAGAACCGAACUGGUAUGGUGUCAGAAAGUGAGGCGCAACAAGAAGCUCAGCAGCAUAUGGAAAUUGACAGGGCUGCAGUUCAAACUGAUGGGGGUGAGUUUUUGCCUUCAGCAGACAGUGGCAGCAGCGGCUCCCCUUCAUAUUAUUCCGGUAGUUUAGGUUGGGUUUUGGGCUGUAGGAACAGAAACUUGUUGACUACAGAACGUCCUUCCAAGAAGCGGAAGCUUCUAGGUGUUGAUGUUGGGUUGGACAAGCUGUUGGUUGGUUCACCGUGUCAAGGCAACUCAUCAAUAUGUGAUUUUUGCUGCAAGGGCGACUUUUUGAAUGAUUUGAACAAACUAAUUGUUUGCUCCUCUUGCCAUAUUGCCGUGCAUAGCAAAUGUUAUGGUGUGCAAGGUGAUGAAGGUGACCCUUGGUUAUGUACUAGAUGUAAGCUGAACAUUGAUAAAGAGAUGGGGAAGCAACCAUGCGUCCUUUGUCCGAAGCAGGGCGGUGCCUCUAAACCAGUUGCUGACAAGAAUGGCAGUUCCGAAGCAGAGUUUGUGCAUUUGUUUUGUUCUAUUUGGAUGCCAGAGGUCUAUGUGGAGGACCUGACCAAGAUGGAGCCCAUUAUGAAUGUUUCUGGUAUCAAGGAGACACAUAAGAAAUUAGUCUGUAAUGUGUGCAAGGUGAAACAUGGUGCAUGUGUUCGGUGCAGCCAUGGAGCUUGUAGACUUGCUUUCCAUCCUAUAUGUGCGAGGGAGGCAAGGCAUAGAAUAGAGGUUUGGGGAAAGUAUGGACAUGAUAGUGUUGAACUGCGUGUCUUUUGCUCCAAGCACUCUGGGCUUCUUGAUGGCAAAGAAAAGUUUCAAGCCGCUGAAGCUUCUUUGACUGCAAAAAGUGUCUCUGUUGCUGACUGUAGUUUGGUCAUGCAGUCCCCAGAUAAGCAUCGGGAGAUCAUUGAAAAUGGAGGUAAAUUUGAACCUUGUAUAGGAUCUGCUGGUCUUACUUAUUCUGUUAAAUCUGGAGAUGUUGAUCAAGAUGACUUAGAGUCUUCUGUGUGGGAAAAAAAUGUAAAACUUGUAUCAGAUGGGGAUGCAUUCCAGAGGAGUGAUAUGGCCAUGUCUGAGAGAUCGGACAUCGAGGUACCUAGCUCAUCAGGCUCCUUAAAUCUUGCCGUUGUGAUGAAGAAGUUAAUUCAACGUGGAAAAAUCAACGUGAAAGAUGUGGCAGCAGAACUGGGCGUCUCGCCUGAUUCCCUAACUGCAAUACUUGCGGAAGACAUAUUAGUCCCUGAAGUCCAGUGCAAAAUAGUCAAAUGGCUUAGUAGUCAUGCUUGCAUGGGUGCUUCACUAAAGAAUUCAAAAGUUAAACUCAAGUCUGCAAUGGUACCCAUGUCUGAGGAGACUUCCGAUUUUUCUGAUGUCGUGGCAGAGCAAUCUGACAUGGCAGGUACUGUAGCUAUAAAGUCAGUUCCUCCACGGAGAAGAACCAAAAACACCAUUAAGUUUCGCAAGAAUGAUGAAACGAGCAGCUUAUCCAAGGACACACUGGCUGAGAAUGGCAUGGGAAGUGAGUUAAGAGUAGAACAGCUGGCCACUGAAGAUCCAGAAGAUGCAAACAAAGCAUCUACUUCCAGUAGAUUGUUAAAUGAUGGGGCCAUUGAUUUGCAAGCACCAGAUUCACCUAAAAAUGAAGGCAGUAUGAGCGAUUUGUCUGAGUGCUCUUCUUUCAAAAAGGUUGAGUCAACAGAAGCAGAUGCUUCUAGAACUGCACAAAAGCUGAAGGGAACUGUCUUGGAGUCUGAUGUUGAUGCACUUCUCCUUGAUCUGAUUAAAAUGGAUGCAUCUUCCGGCGCUUGUAUUCAUCCUAGUAUCCUAGAGCUAAUAAAAAUGCACAAAAGAAUGCCUUUCAACAGUGGAACUAGUGAGUGUGAAGGAGUCAAGGAGCUAGAAAUAUCCGGUUUGGAGUCUUCUUCAAAUGCAAAUGCUUGCUGUAAUCACAAGAGCACAAAUUCAGAGUGGAAUGCAAUUGUUUGUGAUAACAAUGGAGACAGUUCUGGUCAACUACUUAAGGCUGCUGAGUUGGGAGUUUUUCCACUGUCUCCAGCAGAUGAAGUUGAAGGAGAAAUAAUUUAUUUUCAGCAUAAGUUGCUCAGCAGUGCAGUUCAGAGAAAACACAUGACUGGAACUCUUGUUAAAAAUCUAUCUAAGAGCCUACCGAAGGAGAUUGAUGCUUCAAGGAAGCAAAUAUGGGACUCAGUCCUUGUUAAUCAGUACAUUUGCGAACUCAGGGAAGCAAAGAAACAGGGAAGGAAGGAGAAGAGGAACAAAGAAGCUCAAGCUUAUCUUGCUGCUGCAACUGCUGCUGCUGCUGCUUCAUCCAGAACUUCAUUCCUUAGGAAAGUUGCUUUUGAUGAGUGCACAGUUAAUGAGAAGCUCAAUGUUUCCAAUGGGACGCCUGGCCUUUCAUCUCAGUCGAUUACCCGUCCUAAAGGAAAAUUAUCAAGGGUGACACUUCCAAGGAUAUCAUCUGACAAGUAUUCUGAUUUUGUUCAGUCAGUUCCUGAAGUUUCCAAAGAGCAUCCUAGAUCAUGUGAUAUUUGCAGGCGGCCCGAGACUAUAAUGAACCCUAUCUUAGUGUGUUCCAGUUGUAAGGUUGCAGUUCAUCUGGAUUGUUACUGCAAUGUCAAAGAAUCUCCAGGUCCAUGGCACUGUGAAUUAUGUGAAGACUUGUUAUCUGCCCGGCAGUCUGGAGGUCAUUCUUUAAACUUCUGGGAAAAGCCUUAUUUUGUUGCUGAAUGCGGUUUAUGUGGCGGUGCAACUGGUGCUUUCCGCAAAUGCAUCAAUGGGCAGUGGGUCCAUGCCUUCUGUGCAGAGGUUAGUUCCUGGCUUACUUUCCAUGUGCAGUGGUUGCUUCAGUCAGUGUACAGAAGGGGUCAAGUAAAUCCUGUUGAAGGAAUGGAAGAUCUCCUAAAGGGAACUGAUCUCUGCUGUGUGUGCCGUCAUAAACAUGGUGCUUGUUUACGGUGUAGCUAUGGGCAUUGUCAGACUACAUUUCAUCCCUCUUGCGCUAAAAGUGCAGGGUUUUUUAUGAAUGUCAAGUUCCUGAGUGGCAAGUUUCAGUACAGGGCUUACUGUGAGCAGCAUAGUUUGGAGCAGAAGUUGAAGGCUGAAUCACAGAAACAUGGUGUUGAUGAGUUAAAAUGCGUUAAACAAAUCAGGGUUGAGUUGGAGAGGUUGCGCCUUUUGUGUGAAAGAAUUAUCAAACGUGAGAAGUUAAAGCGGGAUUUGGUGAUCUGCUCUCAUAGCAUACUUGCCUCCAAAAGGGACCACGCGGCUCAUUCUGCUCUUGUCCAAAACCCUUUUUUCCAUCCUGAUGCUAGUUCAGAGUCAGCAACCACAUCCCUCAAGGGAAACGUGACGGAUGGUUAUAGUGAUGCAGCAAUUCAGAGAUCGAAUGAAAUCACAGCAGACAGUGCUGCCUCUACUGUCAAGAAACGGCUCAAGGUCACCAUGUCUACUGAUACCGAGCAGAGGACAGAUGACAACUGUUUGACUUACCAACCUCCACUCAACAACAGCAGACCAACACAGAGGCAGCAAUUUGCUGGGAAGCAAAUCCCUAAAAGAGCUUGUCCUCCUGCUUGUAAUCUAGUAGAGGAAGCAGACUCGACUUCAAGAUCGAGGAAGCGUGUAGAAACGUUGCAAAAGGAGUUAGUGAUGACUUCUGAUCAAGCAAGCAUGAGGAAUCAGCAGUUACCCAAAGGUUAUUUUUACAUUCCAGUAGAUUGCCUUCCAAAGGAGAAUCAAACGACGAAUGACCAGGAAUCAUCAUGUCCUGGUGAACCAUUGCCACCCGGAGAGAGCUAAGUAGCGAAAUUGCUAGGUUUCUUAAGAUCAGUGGGGGUUGAUUGAAGUUGAGAUUUAGUGCAAGUGCUUUGUUGCAUCAUGCUGCUGCUGCCGGCCAGUUGAUUUGAUUUCGAGGUGUCUUGCUUCGCUGUGUUGUAUAUUUUACUUGAGGUAGUAAUUGUACAGUGCUGUGAGCAUGGUUUGGUUCAGUUUAAUAGGCAGCAUGCAACAGCAUUGGUAGCAGAAGUAGCGCAACGUCUAUUCGUUUACUAGAAUGUACUGUGUAUGCGGAGCCCUAUUGCUCGUCUCCUGCGUUGAAGUGAUUGGAGGGGGCGUUUCAUAGUGUAAAGUUAUGUGUAAAUAUUUUGUUACAGGGUACUAAAUCAGUCAUCCAAUCAGAUUAGUGACAAAAUUUAAUUCCGAAAGCUUGCCUACAUCGUCUAUUUUGUAAUAAUCUACUUGAAUGUUCUCAUUUUUCUGUGGAUGACAAAUGUUAUGCCACAUUUCCAUACAAUUCAACGCAAGCAGAAUCGUCACUAAUUUGUUAUAAACUACGAUGGACAAGUACGUCAUGGUCCGCUUACAGUAUCUGUUAAAAUUCGUCAUAACUCGGUUGCUGGAGCAAUUAUUUCUGAGAUAUCGUUCUAUAGGUCAUUCCAUUAGAGCAUAAUCAUCUCCAUCUUCAUCCACUACCUCAUAUCCGUAGUCUUGAACCGUGGAAUUCUCAAGCAGGUCAUCUUCAUCUUCCAUGCAAGCUCUUUCAGGAUUCGAGUCCCGCAGGCAAAUGGCAUCCCCAAACAAAGAAGUGGCUGCUGCGUUCUUGCUUUUCGAGGGUUCCCUGUCAUUCACCUCUAUAACUGAUGUGAUUUUCUCCUUGAUACAAUCUUCAACAGUGCUCGAUCCAAUUUGGCCACACUGCAAGCCAAGAAGAGAGAAGCAUUCUUCUCGAAAGCCCUGAUCCAUGGAUGACGUGAUGAGGCCUGCAAUAGAUCUUGCAAGGUCGGGGGCAUAGCUGCGAAUCUGAAGGGCGUGCUUGCUAAGUAGGAGUCCUGGAUGCCUCUCCUUCAAAUUAUUCAUGGCAAGAGUAACAGCCUUCCGCACGAGGGAUCUAUCAGGCUGAGUCUUUUUACGCCUUGAUGAAAGUUCUGCAUGCUUGAUAACAGACAGGUCAAGGAAAACCUUAACAGCUCACAUCUAGGCACAGGUGCGGACUACAUUUAGUAAGUGCCGAGAGCGAGCUAAAGGUAAAAAUAAAGUGUUUACUAAAGUGGAUAUUGUUUGUGAUAAAAAUGUAGCACCAUGGCUACAUGAACAUUAGCCUGUAAGUUUUCCCACCGAAGAAGGAAGCAGCCAUCUUGAUCCAUAACGCCCGCUAGUGUCAACCCAUAGCUCUUCCAAUCAAUGCUAGAUAUUGCCCUUAUUGAAGAUUGACCAAUUGAUGAAGGUUUGAAAUUCUCAUAAGGGCAGUAACCUCUGUUUCUGGGCUGCAUGUAUCCGAGGUACAGAUCGUCUUUGUCUCGCUUACAAUGAUCACAGUUUCUAUUGUGAAUCCAGAAGUUUUAUGGCUAUCUGAGCUGCACGAUGCAAUCCCUACCUUAAGUUGUUCCCUGAGAUGGCAGGCAUGAAUCACACUUUUGGUUCAGUCUAUUUCCAUGUUGCAGGACAUAAUCUUCAAGACCCGACUGCAGAUGGUUAAUAGUUGAGGCAGGAAAAGUAAGAGCAUUUUCUUCAAUAGCUGGGUAGACCUUCUCAUAUCGUGAUCCUGCUGCAUCUUCUUGUUCAACCACAAGUUCAGUUGCGAUAUACUUCUGGAGAAAGGAGUUUAUCUCUGAGACUAAGAUAUCCAUGCCCUCAGAGACCGAAAGGCAGACUUCAGUUCCACUGAACAUGACUCCAUUCUUCAGGUUUGAUGGAAGUUGAGCCAGCAUUCCAUCGGGAUUGUUUUCCCUAAAAUUCAAUUUAUAGUUGUAUAUUUCUUUAUCAGAGAAGCCUGCGAUCCUCUCCAACAAGAUACUGAAAUCAGAGUCUCAAAUGACCACCAAGAUGACUGCUGCUACAAGCUGAAUUUGUAGUUCUGACAGAAAGCAGUCCAUCCCAAUUUUCAGAGCUAAUGCUGCCGCUGAGGCCAGUAAACUCUUCCAGAGAGCUUCCCACGCCCGAAGACAUAACUGGAAAUUUGGAGGACCGAGUGAUCGGGAAGAGACGAUUUGGCGAGAAGAAGAAUCGAAACUCUACAGAGCUGUGCAGAGACGCGGCAUCUCUGGAAUGCGGAAGAGAUCAAUUCACAGCAUAGCUUUGGAGGAGAAGAGGCAGCCAUUAGAUUUGGAUUGGAGAGGAGAAGUUUUUGCAAGAAGCUACUCGUUUUGAUUUGAAGAGAACGGACGAAAGAGGGAUUUCUUUCAGCACUGGAUGUGG